AGUUUUUUUUGUUUUUGGUUUUUUUUUGUUAAGUGAAAAAUAUUGAAAAAGAGAAGCGAAUUUGGCGAGAGAAAGUAAAAGAAAGUUUUGUGUGUGUUGCGGGACGGAAAUGAAGGAUGUCAGUUGUGUGCACAUCGAAGAAAGCAACGGAAAUUAAAAUUUGCAUGUGCAGCAGGACACAGGACACAGGACACGGUACCCAGGACCCAGGACACGGCGUGCGGCAGUGCCAAGGGCAGAGGCAGAGGCAGAGAAUGUGGCCAAAGGACUGCAGCGGCUGCAGCAGCUGCAGCUGCUGUUGUUCAGCAUGCCAAAGCUCGAUGAAGCUGGCAAACGUAUUCGGCACUCAAAAACUCAGCUCGAUGCCAUUUUUUGAAUAAGAACUUGACUUGGCCAAAACUAUAGCCAGCAAAAGAGACAGCCAUACCGAGUGCAACUGGCAGAGACAGAGGCAGAGUGUGAGCAACAGUGAGUGUGAGAGUGAGAGUGAGAUCUCUUGUGCAUUAGCUGACAACUAGAUAAAACGCUCAACAACAACAUUGACAACAGCUUCAUCAACUGCUGGUCCACCCCAAGUACAUCAGGCCACACCCCCGACCCCCCGCCGCCGCCGUCCCCCCGCAGCCGCUCGCCCACUGCAAUCAUGGCGCUGCACGGACAGACGUUCUGCUUCUCCGCAGCUGGAUUUAUCGCUUGCUCAGCAAUCGUUCUGCUUUGCAGUUCCGAGGUCCUGUCCAGCUGGGAGGAAUGGUGGACGUACGAUGGCAUAUCGGGUCCCAGCUUCUGGGGUCUCAUCAAUCCGCAGUGGAACAUGUGCAACAAAGGACAUCGACAGUCGCCCAUUGAUGUGGUGCCCGACAAGCUGCUCUUCGAUCCAUACCUGCGACCGCUGCACAUUGACAAGCACAAGGUUUCCGGCACGCUGCACAACACGGGUCAAUCACUCGUCUUUCGCGUGGACAAGGACACAAAGCAGCACGUGAACAUAUCCGGAGGUCCGUUGGCCUAUCGCUACCAAUUCGAGGAGAUUUACAUACACUACGGCACCGAGAACAGUCGCGGCUCCGAGCACUACAUACAGGGCUACAGUUUUCCGGGCGAGAUACAAAUCUAUGGCUUCAACAAGGAGCUGUACCACAACAUGUCCGAGGCGCAGCAUAAAUCGCAGGGCAUUGUCGGACUCUCGUUGAUGGUGCAAAUUGGCGAAACGCCCAAUCCCGAGCUGCGCAUCAUAACGAGCACAUUCAACAAGGUUCUCUACAGAGGCUUUUCGACGCCCAUACGGCACAUAUCGGUGCGAUCGCUGCUGCCGAAUACGGAUCAUUACAUUACGUACGAGGGAUCCACCACGCAUCCGGGCUGCUGGGAGAGCACGGUCUGGAUACUAGUUAAUAAACCCAUCUAUAUCACCAAACAAGAGUUAUAUCAACUCCGUCGACUGAUGCAAGGCUCCGAGAGUACACCGAAAGCUCCAUUAGGUAAUAAUGCGCGACCCGUGCAAAGCUUACACCAUAGAACCGUAAGGACGAACAUAGAUUUUAAACGUCAUAAGAAUCAAAAUGCAUGUCCUUCCAUGUACAAGGAUAUGUACUAUCGUGCGAAUCGCUGGUCGCCAGACACGGGACUUCUGAUACGUUGACAACAGCAAUCAAAACAACAACUAAAGCAACAACAACAGCAACAACAACAACAACAACAGCAACACCAACUGCAUUUCGCAUUUUCAAAUCUUUUGCAACAGAAAGAAAACGGACGAGCUCAGGAUUCGUUUUGGCUUGCAGCAUUCCUAAAAUGCACAGGCAACAAUAGCAACAAUUACGAGAAUUAUCUCGUAUAUAUAUAUAUAUACAUCAUUCUUAAAGAGGUAAAAACUGCGCAUAACUGAAACUGAAAUACCCUGGCAAAGAGUCUUUAUGAAGGGAAUAAAUUCCCAAAAUUCCCAAAAUCCCUGUUUUCGCUCUUCCAUCUUUAAGUUAUUAUUUUUUGGUCUGUCAAUUUUUAUUGCAUAAAUCACAACUGAAGUCUAAGCACAUAAUAUACUUAUUCAUAAGCUAGCCCUGUCACUGAAAGU